CUCGGCAUCUUCCAUUCUUUACAGUUCUGUGAACUACCCUUUUGACGUUCCACCCACCUUCUUUCUACACUUUUCAACCGUUUCACUUCCAAGUCGCUAGCCGAAACCUUCUUGCCUCGUCUUCCCGACUAAACAACCAACCCAACCCAAAGCAACCAUGUCUGCCAAGGCUCUCUUCUUCGCCGCCGUCCUGGCUUCGGUCGAGGCUCGGUUCGGCCAGGAGAACGUCCCCUCCGCCGCCAUCGGCGCCCUCGGUAGCCGCGGCCAGCCCGGCCAGGCCGCCACCCUCGGCGGCCAGGUCCCUAGCGUGCUCCUGGCGGCCGCCAGCGCCUGCAAGAAGCUGGAGCUGGCCGACACCAUCGUCGCCCAGCUCGGCAACACCGACGACGUCAUCGCGGCCGCCCGCGGCCUCGUCGCCGCCGAGAUGAACUUCAACCCCUUCGCCGUCAAGGUCAACAAGAUCUGCGAUGACGCGUCCCUGCCUAAGACGGAGGCCCUUCGCGGCGUCCUGCCCCUGGUCGACCCGGCCGUCGUCGGCGCCGACGUGCAGAACGCCAACUCCAAGCAGUCGCUCACCAACCCGUUUGACGCCACCGGCAUCAGCGUUGCUGCCCUGAGCAUUGCCCAGGGCUUCAGCAACUUCACUCUUGGUGACACUGGCACUGCUGCUGCCGGCGGCGCCGCUGGUGGUGCGGCUGGCAACAACGGCGGCAACCAGAACAACAACGGCGGCAACCAGAACAACAACGGCGGCAAGAAGGGCUGCAACGGUGGAAACCAGAACAACGCUGGCAACAACAACAACGCUGGCAACAACGACAACGCUGGUAACGGCAACGCUGGCGCCGGCAACAACGACAACGCCGGUAACGGCAACGCUGGCGCCGGCAACGCGGGUGCCCUCGACUUCGGUACCUGCGUGCCCACCAUCGAGUUCUCUCUGGGCCGUCCCGGCCGCAAGGCUGACCAGGGCACCUUUCUCCCUGUCGACCCCGCCAUCCUCAAGGGCCAGUCCGACGCCCUGAACCCCAGCAUCAUCAUGAACCGCGUCUGCGACCAGCUCAACUCGCGCACCUGCAACGCUAACAAGGCCGCCAUCGACAAGUGCCUCGCCGCCAAGAAGCAGGUCGAGGCCGCCGGCACCAAGGACGCCACCACCGCCACUCUGUUCAACAGCCUGGUCCAGUAAGGGGUGUUCAAAAAGCACAAAUGAGGGCGUUAUCGGCUUUGUUUAGCAGCACAUUUUCUUUUCACUUCUUGGGAGGGGUCCAUCUCUGGGUAGCUUGGGUGUUUAGGACGAGGCUUUUUUUUUAUGUACGAUUUUGUUUUUACGAUGCCAUUAGUGUAAGCCUGGUGAGAGAAAUGCAAUAAAAGAGGCAUGGUGGUUUCGAUAACUUUUGUUCAUCCCUUGACCUUCAUCAUUUCGUGCACCAUGUGUG